GAAAUGUUCUUCCUUGUGUAGCCAGGGGCAGUGGCAAAGAUCUUUAUUCCUGGCCCUCAGGAGGCAAAGGCUGAGACCUCAGAGGGUAAAUUCCAAUAUUCGAAUUCCAGGCCUGCCCGGGCUCUAUCUAAAUCUGAAACAAACAAGAAGCUUAUGUGUACAAGAAGGAUAAUAAGCAAAUGUAUGGUAAAAUAAAUAAUAUGAAUUCUUCCUGCCUUAAAAAUCAUUUGUUGGGAAAUUAAAUACCACCGUCUUGUGAGUCAUAUUUUUCCUGGAUCUGAUGCUUCCAUGAUUACAGUGUAAAGACUGAAGGACAACUUAUUUCUGCUCAGGUUCUUGACCCCGGAGUAGGUGUCAACCUCUUUCUUAUGACCUGUAAGCAUUGAAUACAAGCUCCAUCAAUUCAGUUUAACAAGCUCUCUCCUCCAUAGGUCAGGAGAAAAAAAAAAGUAAAUAGUAUCUCCUCUCAGGGAGUAUAACUGGGUUUUCUAUAAGAAAGAUGUUCAGUGUUGCUCGUGUGUGUGUGUGUGUGUGUGUGUGUGUGUGUGUGUGUGUGUGUGUGGCGUGGGUGCAGUGGCAAUAUUGUGCGUUCCUUUCAAAAUGCACACGAUGCCUCGUGGUCUGUGGGUGGGGGAACCACCUAAGGUGUCCUUACAAGUUACUCAUCCCUUGUUCCUCCCCAGCAAGGAAAAACCCAGCAUGCUGAGGCUGGGGUGUGGGGGCUGGGGUGAUCAGUGAGCUGUGAGCAGAAACCUUGAUGUUAGAUCCUCAAUGGCAUGGAGGUACAUGACUGUAUUAUCAGUAUGCAUAGUGAAACAGCGUAUAAGUGACAGUCAUGGUCGAAUGGAGGACUAGUCCCACCCUGCACCCCACCCCCCAAAAUUACAGCAUACCCACAAAUUUGCCUGAUCUAACAAGGAAUGCAAAUUACAAUCUUUCCCACACGAAAACUAGCACUCUUGGGGCCAGAAAUUGAAGUGUGUGUGUGUGUGUGUGUGUGUGUAUGCAUGUGUAAUUUGUAGACAUUCUAGGCAUGUGUAAUUCAUUGAUUAACUAACAGGGAAUGCAACUUACAAUCUUUUUCACACAAAAAUUAGCAAUUUGGGGGCCAGAGGUUGAAGCGUGUGUGUGUGUGUGUGUGUGUGUGUGUGUGUGUGUGUGUGUGUACAUAUGAAAUUUGUAAACAUGGUAGACAUGUAUAAUUCAUUGACUAUUUCUUUUAUUUUGUUUUCCUAAGACAAAUGUUAUUCAAUGAUGUUUCUAGUUUAUUUUCUGCUAUAUCUUUGUCACUCUUAAACUAUCAGAGGAAUAGAUAAAGAUAUUAAAAGAUUCUUUACAAAUAUACCCAUGAGUGAUUUAGGGACAGUGAUGCUUCAUCUGAGAUGUGCAGGUAAUAUAAUAAAUUCAUAAAGAUUUAAUUUCAGACUCCUUAAGGAGACAUUCUCUGUGUUGUCAGAGAUUAAAUUAUGCCACCCCCACCCUCCCAAUUCUCAGUAGCAAACAGGUGAAGAAGGCUACUGGUUUGCCCCAGGGCUGUGGUAAAUCACAGGACUACAACCAGGUGGCUUUGGACCGAAGUCUUAAGUUCUCUCAGCAUCCGGAAAAGGAGGAAGCAGGCUUUUACCAUCGGGUUCUCAUCUGUGGCUUCAGAAACCCCUAGCAUGCUCAGUGUCUUCCAAAAGGCCUCCCUGGAAUCCGCUUAGGGCUUGAGCAGGGUGGGGGGGGUGGCGUGUAGAGGCGGGGAAUCAGUAUAAGCUGAGCCUCCCUGAAUUCCAAAUCAUCAAAUGUAAAAUACUGCCCAAUCUGGAACGUUCUGAGCACCAACGUGACACAAGUGGAAAAUUCCACUGAUGAGUGAUGGGAGUUUCAGAGCACUGGUGCCCUCGAGAGAUUUUACUGUGUGAACUUUAGGUUGUCUGGGUGACACGUGCAUGCAAACCAAAAGAAUUUCACUGUUAGACCUGAGUCCUAACUGCAACCUACCUCAUCAUACAUGUGCAAAGUAACUGGAAACUGGAAAAAAAAAAGUCGGAAGCACUCCUGGUCCCAAAUGUUUGGAAUAAAGGAUGCUCACUGUUUAUUGAUAGGAAGCUCUUAGGCAUGCUUAUUCCUGGGAUGUCAUGAAAGUCAUGAUGUACCUUAAGUUUCUUGUAGAAAGUCCUCCUUGGUCAGUAGGGAGUGAUAUAGUAAGGGCAAGGUCUUGCAUAUGGAAACCAAUAUAGACAGCUUUAAAAGGGAAGGGCUCAGUGGGGUGACCUUCCCUGUGGGCUACUGCCUGUCCCCAGCCAGUCAAGCCUAAAAAGUACCAAGGAAUGAACUUGAAACUUGCAAAAUCAACCAUCCUUCCUUACCUUCACUCCCUCCCUUCCUCCCCUCCCCUCCGUCCCUGGGAGGAGCUAGAAGUCUUUGCUAUACUCAAGGGAUGUUUGUCACAGUCCUUUUACCUUCAAGCUAUGAUCUGUGGCUGGACCCACUGGCUCUGUGGCUUGCCUCUGAAUACCAAACAAAUGAUGAAAGAAGUGACUUUUUUUUUUUGUCACCAGCCAAAGGAGGGGCCUGAAGCAUGACCCUUGCCUUUGGCAGAAACACUAACAGCUCCCUAGCAUCCUGGUGCUCAGGCCCACAUAACAUCUCAGUGGAAAGGAGAACAGAGCAGAGGAUGAAGGGGAAGUGGUGGGAAUCCUGAGCUGGUAAUACCCGUGGUGACAGCAGAGCCGUCUGCCAAGCAGAGAACACUGGUGAGCCUUUGGGCACUAAUUGCCAAACAUGUUUGUACUAGAAUGGGGUUCAGAAACUCAGACAGAGCCCUGCCUUGUGUUCAACCUCGUGUGGGAAAGGUUGAUUUAUCCUGAGCUGAAAUUCAGGCAUCUGUGUGUCAGGAAACGUUCUCAGGUGGCUCCCUAAGCCCCUCCGCUACAAUCUCCAAAAUGUGGAGGACAGAGGACACCCAGGACUUCAGCUCUUUCAGAGGGAGUCAGACAGUUUUCUUCUGAGCAUCUCUGCCCUGUGAACAUGAAGAAGGGCUUUGGGCCAAAAGUUCCCGCAGGGAAGUUAACAGAGGUGGAAAGUUGAAAUAACCUGAAAGGCACCCAAGCUGAGAAACUGCCCUUUCUCCUUGCUGCCACAAAUAGCUUUGUGAGGCAGUCAAUAGAGAAAGGCUCAAGGCUAGCAGCUGUGUGGGAUGCUUCUGUGCACUGGGCAGCGGGAAAGGAAGAUCUCUUUUUUACCCCCCCCCCCAAUCCAUCUUUCUCCAUUCCCUCCCCUUUCCCUAUUCCAUCCCUCCUCUCCUCUCCCUAUACCCAGACCUAGUCCAAGGUGAAGAAAUGCAGAUCGUUCUGUAAGCCUGACUGACACAGAUCAACUAGAUCAGUGUGCUACAGGGAAAAACUGACUAUGUUAUAAAGGCAAUACCCUUCAGCAAGUAACAACUUCCUCCUCUUCCUCUUCCUCCUCUUCCUCCUGCUCGUCCUCCUCCUUCUCCUCCUCCUUCUUUCUCCUUCUCCGUAUCUUCUUCUUCCUCCUCCUUUCUCCUCCUCCUUCUCUUCCUCCUCCUCGUCUCUUCUCCUCCUCUUCUCCCUCCUUGUCUCUUCUCCUCCUCUUCCUCCCCCUCUUCCUCCUCCUCCACUUCCUCUUAUUCUUCUAAGAAAGCAAAAGAUUCUUUCUCUUCACAUUUUGGAAAGUUGGUCUCAUUGGCUUCUUGCUUUUGAUGUUCAACUCUCUGUGCCAAUGCCGCUCUGAGCUCAAUCUUCGAGGCUCUUCUGAUCCAGGCUGGCAACCUCCUAAAAUUAAAUGUCACUUCAAGUUCAGCUAAAAUAUACAACUCAAAAAAAAAAAAAGUCUAUGAAUGGAAGUAGGGAAGAGAGGAUCAACAAACCAAGAUGUAGCAUUCAUGCCAUGAAAAAGACUUUAAGAUGCCCCCCAACAGGCUCUUCCCCGGGUUAACACUUUACAGUACACAAGAAGACUUUGAUAUAUUCCUGGUGGGCCAUUGUUUCCCAUUUCCUCUCUGGAGGUUUUGACUAACUGAAUCCUUGCAAAUCAUCUUCAACAAAACGACUUGUGUCUCAUAGGCAGUGUAUGAGUUAGCUUAAAAUUCUGAUGAAAGAAAUGAAAAUAAUGUUGUGUUCUUUUAAAUUUUUUUAAUUUUAAGAGAACGUGUGUGUGUGUGUGUGUGUGUGUGUGUGUGUGUGUGUGUGUGCGCGCGUGUGCGCGCGCGCUCGAGUGCACAUGUCACAGCUUGCUCCUCUGGAGGUCGGACAACAGCACGGAAGACUUGGAUCUUUACUUUCCCUUUUAUAUGGAUUCCAGGGAUUGACCCUGGGUGUCCAGGCUUGAGUGGCAAAUGCUUUUACCCAGCAAGCUGUCUCAAUGGCUUCCUUUUCCUCCCACUCUAUUAACAUUCUUUAUUCCCUCAGGUGGGAAACCCUCAACUAUAUAAUACAUUAUUUUUCUCAUCUUGGAGCUGAAAAAUGAGGGUCUUACAAAGGAGAAAGGGGGGGGGUUCAUGUCAGACCCACCAUGAGCUGUGUUUAGAUGCAGUUGUUAGCAGGCGUAGGGUUGCUUGGAAGGGACCAGCUACCACCCCAGAAGGCUGGGGAUUUACUCUGCUGCUGUUACCUUGGGUUUCUGCCUUCUUUCUCUCAAGGCUCUGGCAGAUGUUUCAGUGCAUGGGAAAGGGAUGCCCGCAGCUGGUCGGUGAUGGUUACUGGUUGUAAUGGAGACCUUUCGUUUUUUCAGAUCUCUGUUCUGUUCAGAUCAGACAUUUGUAUAUCGUUUUUGUCUGUGUAGCCCUGGCUGGCCUGGAUUUGAUCACGGCUCUCUCCCCACUUCCCCCCAAACUUCUGCAUCUAUCUACCACCCAUACACAGACAUUUCAUUUGUUGCUGUCAAUCUCCCUGCAUGUUUUGCCAGCACUGGGGCUUCCCUGUCAGCGUUCUCUGUUAUAUUCUUGGGAAGUUACAUAGUGACAGUUCCUUUAGGUGAGUCCUAAUUGGGACUUCAAAAUAUACAAACAGUUCAAACACAGGCAAUUGAUUCACCGAGCUCCUUCUAUCCUGACAAAGUUAAGCCAAAGGGAAUGAGAGGGGUGUGUGUAGGAACAGCUGUGAUGGAUUAAAGCAAGUGUGUUCCACAUGCCGUAUUGCUCAUCGAUGGGCGACCUGUCUUCCUGUACAUGGAGCAGCAGUGCCCAAGGGCUGCCCUACUUAGCUCCUAUGCGGCCUUCCUUCAUGUACAUGUGUUAUGUAUUAGGUCAUCUCCCCUUCCCUCUCCCAUGUGGAUACUGACCGGAACGGUUUUGGAGAGGUGGCUCUUCAUCACUCCACACUGCACUGCUAUGUCAUGCCUCUGGGGCUGUGUCCUAGACUCUUGGGAUGGAAUUCUAAUAGAGAUGGGCAGUAAUGCCGACUGGCUUACUUUGGGGCAUUGUGGAUGGACAGACAUCUCUAUGCUCUCAUCCAUGGCAGCCCUUUUCCUUCCAAACCAGCAGGCUGAGAAGCCAAGAGGAAGGCUGUGACAAGAGGGAGGGGGCAUCCAGAAAAGGAUUCAAGAGUCCCACCCCUUGCCCCGCUCCCUGGAGCAGUGCCCAGACAGGAGAGGAAAUAAUACUUGCUCCUUUUAUGGAAUUUGUUAGAAAGCCCCUAAGCCCUGCAUCCCUUCUGUUCAACCUUUUCUCUUCCCCAGCUUCCCAUCCUUUGGCUGGAUCACUACGAUGUCAUGCGGGUUUCACCCGUUUUCUAAUAGCUACGACCUCUGGUUCAAAAUUCCAAACUUUGCUAAAAUACAAUGAUAUGCAGCGGGAGAUGGUGCCUUCCAGAUUCCUGAAAUGCAUCACUCAGUUGUAAAAGAAUUUUAAAAACCCUCAAGACGCAUUUUCUGUCCCACAUUCGUGUGACGCUUGAGCUUUCUGAAUGGUUGCAAAUCACCGUGACUAACACUCAUCCCUCUCAUUUGUUUGGCUGGUUUUAAGCCAUCAGGACAGGGGACAGUCAUCCAAUCCUUAUUGAUGCCUGACCCCCACUGUCAUGCCCGACAUCUCAUUCCCCAAGCCCAAGUCUGGAGAGCUCCGGGCCUUUCUUCCUUGGAAGGAGCUGGUGAGUGAACAGCUUGGAAGAAGUUUUCCAAGAACCCUGCCAGUUUCCGCAGAAGAGGCUGGGAAAUGCAAUGGAGUGGGUUGGGGGCAUUCAUUUUGGAGCCUAGAACAUCAUGGGGGACAGAAGGGGGAGUGGAAGAAGAGUAGGAGAUAUUGUUGGGAAGGGAGCUUGCUCCAGCGACAUUCCUGGAAGCCGAAGAUGUUGAAGUAGUUGUCAAGUCAUACAGGCCUUAUGCAGGCAACCACAGCUGCUCUGAAUCCAUGAGCAUAGCAGUCCUGCUGGGUCUAGAAGACACAGUUUCACUCUGGUCCUUCCCCAACUGCUGGCUUUUACCAUUGCUUUGCUCCAUCUUCCACAGUGGUCCCUGAACCUUAGGGGUACAGCUCAUUUAUGGCAGAGCACUCUACAAUUACCUGUCUUCUGCAGUUUGACCAGUUGUGAGUUUCUCAGUUAUCUACCGUCCACUCUACAAAGAAACUUAGCUAUUGAGGUCAGAGGGCUGCGCUGAUCUGUGGGUCCAGAGAGAUGAAUUUAGAAGUUGGUUUGAUGCUAUGUCCAUUUAAUAACAGAAGUAGGUUGACCCUCAGGUCCCUGUGAGCUUCCUAGCCAGAUUUUCAGUACCAGGCCUAAUUUUUCUCCCAGGGAGUAGGCCUUAAAUCCAAUCAGAUAAUAGCCGAUCACUGUCAUGACAUUUGUGCCCUCUUGGAUCCAUCGGCACACCUUGCUAUUCCAGUCAUUAUUAAACGUCACAUGAUUUGCCUCUGGGUAAGACUACAGAGAACUUUCCCCAGGUGCCUUUGUCGUAUCUUCUGGUACUAUGAUUGUUAUAGCUAUCAGGGAGAACGCUUUCUGGUCAGUAACAACUGAUUUCUCAAAGUCUUGUGACCAAUGAGUGUGGUGUUUUCAGUAACAGGUUCUUGCCAUCAAGUUCUGGUAGGCAACCAAGAGCUGUGGUGAGAGCCUGCACUGUUUGGGGGUGGGAUCUCAGGGACACCUCUGACCAAUGCUUUGAGGGUAAGUACCCCACACCUGACUCUUGCUUUUUGUUUGACAACCCAUGACUUCUUGGGGAGACAUAAUUCCUUUUGUAGGAUAACUCCAGUAGAACUAAUUCUCCCUCCUUCUUCCCCUCCUUCUCCCCCCCCCCCAUGUCUUUCUGUGUCUGUCUCUCUUUGUGUGCAGAGCUUAUAAGAUGGUUUCCAUAUGGGGUUUUCAAAAAUCCAUAGCAUAGCUCCUUUCCUAAGCCUCUCCUCUAUUCUGCCCAUCUAUCCUCACUUAACCCUCCCACAUCCCCUCUCCCUCCCUUCUGUCCCUUUCAUAUCUAUAGAUUGUUUUUGACUAGCCCCUGAUAUGAUUCUCUUAACUACAACUUACUCUUCACUAAAGUUUGUUUGUUUGCUUUAUAUAAAAGCUUAAUGGCUAGGGGUAUAGCUCAGGGAUAAGAAUGGUUGACUAGUUCAGAGUGGUUGACUAGUUCGAUCCCCAGCAUUAAAGCAAAGGAAUUAAAAUAAAUGAAAAGCAGUAAAAGCCCCUGAUAUGAUUCUCUUAACUACAACUUACUCUUCACUAAAGUUUGUUUGUUUGCUUUAUAUAAAAGCUUAAAGGCUAGGGGUAUAGCUCAGGGAUAAGAAUGGUUGACUAGUUCAGAGUGGUUGACUAGUUCGAUCCCCAGCAUUAAAGCAAAGGAAUUAAAAUAAAUGAAAAGCAGUUUAAGAUUGGGUAGAGAAUGGAGGUGAGCUUGCUGGUUCACAGCACUUUACAGUUCUUUACUUAUUCCCUGGGUUGGAAGCUGUGGCCCCAGCACAGCACUGCAAUGGAGAGAGGGCUGAGUAUCUGCACUUUUACAAGUCAGAUCCCUCUCAGUUCUCCACAGUUGAGCUAGUAGUCUGAGCUAGUAGUCCUCAGACCUUACUAUGCAAAAGCUGUUGUGUUGUGUACACAGACUCAUGUUUGCAAUGUUUAUAGGGAAACUGAGGGUGUUUCAAAGUGAACUUGGACGAUAAUUGACUUUUUCAAAACUUUAGAGCCUAACUGCCUUUCUCUUCCCUCCUCUCCCCUUCCCUUCCCCUCCCUCUUUUCUUCUUUCCUCCAUUUCCCCUUUUCUCCUCUCUUUCUUCCUCCUUCCCCUCCCUUCUUUCUCUUCUCCCCUCUCCUUCCUCCAUUUCCCACUUCCUUCCCUCCCUCCUUCAUUUUCUCCCUCCCCUCCCUCCUCCUUCAUCUCCCUUGUUCUCUUCCCUGUUUCCUUACCCUCUCCAUCCAUUCUUUCCUAACUAUCUCUCCUUUCUUCUGCCCUGUUCUUCCAUCUGUCCAUCUUCCUUUCCUUCCUGGUUUUUUUCCUUUUCCUUUUGGUAGAUUAGUUCUGAAUUUUCAAUAAGCAGAUGAAGUAAUGAGUGUCCUGGUGGCAUGUUCAUAUGGACUCUCUGGUCCCCCUACACCUUCCCUCCCCCGUUUCCUUUCCCCUCCCGCUUGCACCUUCUGCCCCCAGUAUUCUCUGUUUUCAUUUUCAUGUCGUGUCUAUUUGGUUACCCCCACGCCCCUUCCUGAAAGCAUCUUCUUUGCUCUCAUGGGCCUCUUUCAAGUUCCAUGACCUCCGCCCAUGCUCAUGCCUACAUAAUGGGCUAUAUGUGAAUACUAGAAGCUAGGGAACACCUAUGAGAAAGAAUAUGUGAUAUUUGCCUUUUUUAGGCCUGGGUGACCUUGUUUAACAUGAUAUUUCCCAGUUCCAUACAUUUUUCUAUAAGUUCCAUAUUUCUUUAUGACUGAAUAAAAUUUCACUGUGUACAUGAACUCUUCUUGCCCAUUCAUCUGUUGGCAGACAACUAGGCUGAUUUUAUUUCCUUAUUAUUACAAAUAGAAGAACAGCAAACAUGAACUGUAAGUAUCUCUGAAAAGAUGUAGGGCCCUUUGGGUGUCGGCGCAGUAGUGGCAUAGCAGGGUCACACAGUAGGUUCUAGUUGUAGUUUUUUGAGAAACGUCCACACCGAUUUCCAUAAUGCAAUUGUUUAUGCUCCCACCACCAUAUGCCAGAAUUUUUAUUGUUUUUAUUUUGUGGCAGGUCUCACUAUGUAGCCCUUGUCAGCCUGGAACUUCACAAAUACAACAGGCUGGCCUUGAAUUUGUGGUUUUCCUGCUUCUGCCUCUCAUGUGCUAAGAUUACAGGCAUUGCCACCACCUGGCUUCCUAUGGUGUGUGUGUGUGUGUGUGUGUGUGUGUGUGUUGCCUGCACUUGUAAAGUAAUGGGGUCUACUUAUAUUCAAUAAGAAAAUUGCUAGUGUGCUAACUAUAUAUCUCUCUUUAUAAAAAUAACUAAAGUAGCCUUUGAUCUGCCUGAACUUGGUCCUCUAGGCUCCUAUUCAGUUUUCCAUCUUUAGUUUUUUACUUUGAGCUGGGAAAGAGCCCCUGCCAAAAGACAGCCAGGUUCUCUCUGAGCCCAGCCCAGCCAGCCAUCUGUAAAGAAGAAAGAAGCUUGUUUGUCUUAAAAGGCAGCCCAAGAGACCGUUACAAUAGCGAUUGUCAGAGCAGAAACACUUGGCAUUGGUUGAAAGUGUUUGAAACAAGAUUUGCCUAAAAAAGAUCUUCGGUGCUUGCUUGCAACUUCUUUAUGUUGUGUAUCUGUUUGUAUGUGCAUGAGUAUUCAAUGUGCCUGUUGGUGUGUGUGAGAGUGUGGGCAAGUGUGGAGCUUCCUGAAGCCAGCCUACAGUCUGAGUCUUCACCUCCCACAUUGUUUGAGACUGGGUCUAUCUUGUUUGCUACUGUGUAUACCAGGCUAGCCAGCCAACGGGCUUCUGAGAAUCCUCCAGCCUCUGCCUCCCAUCUCAGUGUGGGAGUGCAGGGACUGCAGAUGCACACUACCAUGGGAGUACAAGCAGAUGUACAUGACUCUGGGCUCGCAGGGACUGCAGUUGCUCACUGCUGCAUCUGGCUCAUGUGUAAGAUUGCAGCAUCCUGGAACAGAAUGAAAGGAUCUGUGUUGAAACAGCUACAGUAGGGUUACAGUAGACCCUGAGAAAAACAGAGUGGACUUCAGCCUGCACGGAUGAGCUUGAAGCAGGAAUGGUUUGGGGUUCAGGCCUCUUACACUGAAUUUCUCUACUGCCACCCUUUCUACUCAAGCAACAUCUUCAGGAAAAGAUCUCCCGGGAAGGAAGUGGCUGCUUGUGGCUUUGCACUGUGAUGAAGGCAAAUGGUACAGUUUUCCAAAGAAAAUAGACCAAAACUUUCUUCUUGAGAAGAAACAAACCUGCUGUUGGCAGAGGGUAUUUCUAACCUCUCUGCGAAAGAAAGAAAGACACCACCAGAACCUGGGCAUCCCAGCUGCUGAGGGAAGUUUCCAUGGUGAAGUCUCAGGGAGGCUUCCUGGGAGCAGAGCAUAGUGAAUGCUAAUCCGGAGCUGCCACUGCCAGCCUAAAGAACCCACGGGGAGAUGAUUCCCCAUGAAGGGCCUGGAUCCCCUACAGAAAUCCAAUGUGACUCUCUGUUUAUCAGACUAAAACCAGAGCCGGCCAGCCAGUGAAACAGCCACCGUGGAGGGGGGACGGCGAAAAAUGAAAUCCAACCAAGAGCGGAGCAACGAAUGCCUGCCUCCCAAGAAACGUGAGAUCCCCGCCACCAGCCGGCCCUCGGAGGAGAAGGCCACUGCUCUGCCCAGCGACAACCACUGCGUGGAGGGUGUGGCCUGGCUCCCCAGCACCCCUGGCAUCCGCGGCCAUGGGGGUGGGCGGCACGGGUCAGCAGGGACUUCCGGGGAGCAUGGUUUACAAGGAAUGGGUUUACAUAAAGCACUGUCCGCAGGGCUGGAUUACUCCCCACCCAGUGCCCCCAGGUCAGUCCCCACAGCCAACACGCUGCCCACCGUGUACCCUCCUCCUCAGUCAGGGACCCCGGUGUCUCCUGUGCAGUACGCCCACCUUUCGCAUACCUUCCAGUUCAUUGGGUCCUCCCAAUACAGUGGGCCUUACGCGGGCUUUAUCCCUUCCCAGCUGAUCUCCCCAUCAGGCAACCCGGUCACCAGUGCAGUAGCCUCAGCUGCAGGGGCCACCACUCCAUCACAGCGCUCCCAGCUGGAGGCUUAUUCCACCCUGCUGGCCAACAUGGGCAGUCUGAGCCAGGCACCAGGACAUAAGGUUGAGCCCCCUCCGCAGCAGCACCUCAGCAGGGCUGCAGGAUUAGUCAACCCGGGGUCCCCUCCUCCACCCACCCAGCAGAACCAGUACAUCCAUAUUUCCAGCUCUCCACAGAGCUCCGGGCGGGCGACAUCUCCCCCACCCAUCCCGGUCCACCUCCAUCCCCAUCAGACGAUGAUCCCGCACACACUCACCCUGGGGCCUUCAUCCCAGGUGGUUGUGCAAUAUAGUGAUGCCGGAGGCCACUUUGUUCCUCGAGAGUCCACCAAAAAAGCCGAGAGCAGCAGGUUGCAGCAGGCUAUGCAAGCCAAGGAAGUCCUGAAUGGGGAGAUGGAGAAAAGCCGGAGGUAUGGGGCAUCAUCUUCUGUGGAGCUGAGCCUAGGCAAGGCAAGCAGUAAGUCAGUGCCUCAUCCCUAUGAGUCCAGGCAUGUGGUGGUCCACCCAAGCCCAGCAGACUACAGCAGUCGUGAUACCUCCGGGGUCCGUGGAUCUGUGAUGGUUCUGCCUAAUAGCAGCACACCCUCAGCCGACCUGGAGGCCCAGCAGACCACGCAUCGAGAGGCCUCCCCAUCCACCCUCAAUGACAAGAGCGGCCUGCACCUAGGGAAGCCGGGCCACAGGUCUUAUGCGCUGUCCCCCCACACGGUCAUUCAGACCACACACAGUGCAUCAGAGCCUCUCCCGGUGGGCCUACCAGCCACGGCCUUCUACGCUGGCACUCAACCUCCUGUCAUCGGCUACCUGAGCGGCCAGCAGCAAGCAAUCACCUAUGCUGGUGGUCUGCCGCAGCACCUGGUGAUCCCAGGUAACCAGCCCCUGCUCAUCCCGGUGGGCAGCCCUGACAUGGACACGCCUGGGGCAGCCUCGGCCAUCGUGACGUCAUCACCCCAGUUUGCUGCAGUACCUCACACGUUUGUCACCACCGCCCUGCCCAAGAGCGAGAACUUCAACCCAGAGGCUCUGGUCACCCAGGCUGCCUACCCAGCCAUGGUGCAGGCCCAGAUCCACCUGCCGGUGGUGCAGUCCGUGGCGUCCCCCACCACGGCGUCUCCCACGCUGCCGCCAUAUUUCAUGAAAGGCUCCAUCAUCCAGCUGGCCAACGGGGAGCUGAAGAAGGUGGAGGACCUGAAGACGGAGGAUUUCAUCCAGAGUGCAGAGAUUAGCAAUGACCUCAAGAUCGACUCCAGUACUGUGGAGAGAAUCGAGGAGAGCCACAGCCCCGGGGUGGCCGUGAUACAGUUUGCUGUUGGUGAACACCGAGCCCAGGUCAGUGUCGAAGUCUUGGUAGAGUAUCCUUUUUUUGUAUUUGGACAGGGCUGGUCAUCCUGCUGUCCUGAGCGGACCAGCCAGCUCUUUGAUCUGCCGUGUUCCAAACUCUCUGUUGGGGACGUCUGCAUCUCGCUCACCCUCAAGAACCUGAAGAAUGGCUCUGUUAAAAAGGGCCAGCCUGUGGACCCUGCCAGCGUCCUGCUGAAGCAGGCAAAGACCGACAGCCUGGCUGGCAGCAGACACAGAUACGCGGAGCAGGAAAACGGAAUCAACCAGGGAAGCGCCCAGGUGCUCUCUGAGAAUGGCGAACUGAAGUUUCCAGAAAAAAUAGGAUUGCCUGCAGCACCCUUCCUCAGCAAAAUAGAACCGAGCAAACCCACAGCCACGAGGAAGAGGAGGUGGUCGGCGCCGGAGACCCGUAAACUGGAGAAGUCGGAGGACGAGCCACCUUUGACUCUUCCCAAGCCUUCGCUCAUUCCUCAGGAGGUUAAGAUCUGCAUCGAAGGCCGAUCUAACGUGGGCAAGUAGAGACCUUGCGGGCAGCGGAGGCCCGGGGCCUCCUUUUACUGUCUGUAUCCAGAUUACUGUACUGUAGGCUAAGUAACACAGUAUUUACAUGUUACAUCCUCUUUAGGUUUGUAUUCUAACCUUGUCAUUAGAGUCAAACAGGUGUGUCGCAGGAGACUGGUGCGUUUGCAUUGUCUGCAAGGGUCUGUUGAGGAGCUGGUGGGUGGAGGAUGGUCAGAACCAUGUCCAUGGAGCUCCCGGGCAUCCUUAGUGGCCCUGAAUGUGGCUUCAUCAGCCCCUGCCUUCUCCGGCAGUGUGCAGAGUCGAGGGGCAUCAGUUCCCACUGGUUUCAAGAACAAACACAGUGGGAAGUAUCCUGCAAGGGAGUGUCUGGGUGCGUGUCCCUUGUGAAGGAGUGCGAGUGAGGGUGUCUCUUUCUCUGCCUCUGUCUCCCUCACUUGCUCCCUCUCAGUGUGGGGUUGGGGGACCUGGGUUUCCCACCUGCAAAGUCAUCAGGGAACCCAGCUUCCAGGCAUUGUAGGGAGACAUCAGACAGGCAGAUGGGAAACUAGUUUCAAAGAACGUGGUUCUCUCCAACAUAUUUUACAAUAAAAAGCAACUUUUAAUCAUAGAUAUAUAGAUAUAUAUAUAUAUUUCCCCCCAUGGGGCCUGACUGCACUGAGGUUUUUUUGUUUUAUUUUGUUUUGUUGGGUUUUUGUUUUUGUUCUUUUUUUUUUUUUUUUUUUUUUUUUUUUUAAGAGCAGCUGCCACUUGCAGGAUUUCAUUUCUGCUUUACCCGGUCCAGUCCAGUGACAUCAUCAGUCGUCAUGGUGGGCAGGGAAAGUCCUUGCUCAGGUCACUCCUGGUCAGGCAGGUAGCAGUGGGGCGGGAGGGACGGAGGGAGCACCCACACUGGUUUCUGUGCAGUGUUAGGAAAAGCAAUCAGGUUACUUGCGUUGGCUUCCAAGAAGGAAAAUGCAAGCCCCGCUUCCCGCGAGAGCCAGCUUCUCCCAGCUGUGCCGGCAGCAUCUUUUCUGUAUUUUAGGUCUAGUACUGUUCAUGACUAUGGACAACUCGGGUGCCGCUUUUUUUUUUUCUUUCUUUCUUUUUUCCUCAAUCCCAGUGUGACAUGAGGAGUUAGAUCUGGAAGAUGCUCCUCUGUUACUUUAUCUCGCAAACAGCUAAAAAUGCUGUGCAGGCUUCUUAACCAAGCAUCUUGGUCUGUCAUUCAACAAGUACUGUAUCUCACUUUCGACUCUUUUUGGGAAAAGAAAAGGAAAAAAAAAAUGACAAACCUAAGUUGCUUUUGUUUUUGUUUUUGUUUUUUCUUCUCAACACUGUAACUACACUUCAGCUCUGCUCACAAGCCAGCAAUCGAAAACUCCAAUCUGGUUUAAAAGGAUGAAUGUGAAGUACGAACUAGCCCGUGACAAUAUAUGACUACCGAGUACUACCUGACGGCAGGCACUUGUCACUUUGAUGUUGGAGAAAGAGUUAAAGGCAUAUGCAGAGUUGGCAGAGAAACCGAGACAAGACACAGAGGAAAAGACACUCGGUUGUGUCCAGUGUUUUUAGGACGAACUUCUAAAGAACUUUGCGAUUUGCACAUCUUGAGUUUAUAAUUUGUGUGAUAUUCCUGCAGUUUUUAUCUAAUAACAUUGUGGGAAAGGUUUGGGAGGGUUACAAGAGCAUAAAUAAAUGUAGCAAAAUUACUUUCUAACCUGCCUAGACCCUAGGCCCUUCUUAGAAGGUUCUGUCCCCUUUGAGACUUCAUUUUGUCAUCUACCACAUCUGUCACCAGAAGCCAGGUCUGAGGGUCUUCUUCAGCGCCAUUGAGAGUUUCCCAUAUAGACAUUUUAUAUAUGUGAGCAAGUAUUUUCAUUUCUGGAAAAAAAAGUGUUAAAUUUUUUUUUAAAAGAAACUUAUGUUUCUAUUUGAAAUCCAACUAGGAUCUAAUGUUUGGUACAAAACUCCAGAAAUGGUAUUUUCAUAAAGUCACAAGUUUUCAUUCCCAGAGGUCAAAAUAUCAUUUGUGGGUUCUGAGUGGGUCUUAAAGUACUUUAACCCUAGUUUUAUAAAUGGGGAGAAGUUUUUAAACAUUCUUUCUUGGCUACAACCUAAGUAAGUACUUAUUUGACGUUUCUUUUUAGCAAUUUAAAAAGAAAAGAUUUCUUCCAUUUCUCAAAAUAGAAAAAAAAAAAAACCAAAAAGACCCUCCCCUGGCAACCCACAUACAUGUUGGCUAUCCAGUCUCCAUUCACAGUGGCUUUUGUUGGGACUAAUGAUCUUUUUCCAGACCAUUUUCUGGGAUGUACCAAACACCUUUGAGUAGGUCCGGAAUAGCUGGCCUCUCCCUAAACUUCAUCGCCCUCUCCGCCCGCUGGCAGAGCUGGGUGAGCCCGUUCUUGCAAUCAGACGCUUAUUUAGUGCUGUGAUCCUUUUGUUUUAUUUUAUUUUUUUUAAUCUUUCUGUUCAGAGACCUUGCUUGAUCUUCCCUAUAUCUGCUCAGGGCACUGGCACUUACUAGGUUUUCGGUUUUGUUUUGUUUUGUUUUGUUUUAACCUCCAAUGGUGAGAGGACUAGGAGGUUGCCACGGAGGCGCUGUGUGCCAGUUAUCUACAACAGCCCCUGUGAGCUCAGAAAACACACACACACACACACACACACACACACAAACACACACUCUGCUCUCUGGCUAACUCCGAGGAGUGAACUGACUGCAUCCACUAAGCUGACACUAAAACAGGUAAAAACACACAUGGCUCAGAGCAAUAGGAAUAUCAUAACUUGUGGUUCUAUUUCAGGUAUAGGAAUUAUACAAAUCAUUGAUUCUUCCGAAGCAUCCGUCCCAUCUCAUUCUCUGGCUCCCUUAGCAUGUGCAAUACUUUGUGUGCCAAUAGUGUGCUAUCUAGUUAAAGUUCAUUCCCUUUUGGCCUUUUCCUUGUUCGGUGGGCUGACCUUUCUUCCCCUCGCUGGCCAGAGAAAGGCUGGAGGAGUGAGCCAGGAGAGGCGAGCCCCUUCCAUUUCUCCUUAACACCGAUGGAUGCAGAGUGCUAGGGUAGGCAGCCUAUGGGAGCCUGUGUGUGUCUGUCACCAGGACACAGUGAGAGCCAGCCAAGGAGACCUGAGGGAAGCACUUUGAAGGUCCGUCACCACACUCUGCAAAGGCCCCUCGCUCUGUAGUGAAGCUGGAAUGGAGCCAGGAGGCGGAGUGGCUCCUAGGACGAACUCUGGAGCGGAAUGGUCUUCAGUCAACUCAUUUUCAGUCUCUUCUGUGUCCUUGAGACUUUGAUCCCUGCCUUUGACACAAGCAACUUAUUGCAUAUGUGUGUGUUCUGAGCAUGCCCACCAGUGGCUUUGGAGGGCAACCUGGCAACCACAGUCACCAUUCCCUUGGGACAGCUUUCUCUUCAAACAGGAAGAACACACAGAGGCAGGAGCCACCUCUUAUUUGCAGACAUUGGUGGGGUCCUCCAGGCUCCCGGAGCACCUUUGGUCAACUGUGUAGGGAGCACGGUAAUAGCAGUGCCCUCAUCGGACAAGGAUCAGCCACGCGCCUCUGUACCUGUCCUCUUUGCAAUAUUUACCAACAGCCGACUUUUCCUUCUUCUCUUUCCUGCUUUCCAUUUUAAAACAAAGUAACAGCAGGCCUUUUUUGUGUUUACAACGGAACACAAUCACCAAGAAAUUAGUCAGGGCAAAAAGAAAACAUAGUAAUAUUACUCAUAAGAAAUCAGCAAACAAGAACCUCUUUCUAGGGAUUUCUAAAUACACAACAACGUGACUGUUCCUUAGACUGUUUAACUUUAGAAUUAUUUCAGUUUGUCUGGGCCACCUUGGGGGUCAGUGGGAUGGGGUAGGGACUGGGGUGGGGGAAGGCCAGGGAUACCACUUACCUCAAAUCUUUUUAAAAGUGGAAAUCCAAAUUGCAUUUGGGGGAGGGUGGGGAGGGGGGACUUGCAGGAUAAUCGUCUAUGUUGGUCACAUUUUGCUUUUCUCGAUUCAUCCAACUCAGUUUGGGAUGGCCUGAUGUUUGUGGUGGUGGCAACAGAACGUCCUUAACUCUGAACCCCAACCUUGUAUGUUUUCUGUUAGGUGAGCUUGUUGGGUUCCUCCCCACCCCCUUACCCCAUAAGGAAGUGGCAGCGUCCUUUCUCCCUUGCAAGGAACCCUGCAGAACCUUCCACACCUCUUACUCAGGGAUGGGGCUGGUGUGUGUGUGUGGAACACAGAUGUGUUCAGCAACAGCACUUUGGACUGCUCUGGAGUAGGGUUGUACAAUUUCAAGGAAUGUUUGGAUCUCCCCGCACAGUGUGGAUUGCUCCUUAGCUACUGCACAGAUUGCAAUAUAAUGCUGCACGUUCAAGACGAGCAGUAGCUCCUCAUAAUCAGAAGAAAAAAAAUAUAUCCACUCUUUGCACAUAGUUUGAUCUUUACUGAAAUAUGUUGCCAAAAUCUGUUUUUGUUCUAGCUUUGUAUCUUUUCAUUUCUUUCUUUCUCUCUCUCUCUCUUUUUUCUUUUAAGGAAACAAUUGAUAAUACCUUGUAACAUCUGUGACUACUAAGGAAACCUAUUUUGUAGAUGCUUUUGAAGACACUAACACCUAUUUCAGACACGGGUGAGGAGGCAGAGCUCUUGGGAUAGAAAGCCAGACUUUGUAAGUUGAGUUGGCAUGGCAACUGUUUCCUGAGCCACAAGACCCUCAACCAACUGGUCUGCUCUCUCUCUCGAGAGCCCUUCGCUCCUCAUUUCCCAGUCACCCCCUUUGACUCCAGGGGAAUACAGGGCCUCCAGUCUCCGGGUCCUAUCCAGUUUCUUUAGUGGUUGAGAUGAACGGCAAGAGAAUCAUAUUUUGUUGUUUUAAAAGUGGAGCAAAGGCCUUUGCAUCCACAGUUGUGUUUUGAUGCCAGGAUUUCCGAAAUAGAAAAUUUAAGGAAAAAUCGAGUAAUAACUAUAGAGAAUUUACUUUUCUUUUAAUAAAGCACAUGCGUAUGACCUGUUGAGUUGGGUUGGUUUUCUCCCUGUCCAUGAACAGUGUUGUAUUUCUGUUCCUAAGGCAACUCGAAACAGUUUGCACACCUCUACUCUGGAGCUGGGAUUUCUUUCAUAGAUGACCUCGCUUCAAAUGUUACCUUACUGAUAGGCUUUUUCUUGUAGCGCUAUACCUUGUGGGAAGUUUUUUUGUUUUGUUUUGUUUUUUUCUUUAAAGUACACCCAAUUUGAGCAGCUGGGGGGUGGGGGAGGGAGGGUUGAGACACUCACUUUGGGGGUGGGUGGGUUACAGAUAAUUUUUUUUUAAAAAAAUUGCACAAAAGAAAAAUGAAUGUUGAAAUGAUUCAUUCAGUGUUUGAAAGAGACAGAUCUGUUGAAACUAUGAGUUUCAUAUUUUGUGUGUAAAAAAAACAAAAAAACAAAACAAAAAAAACAAAACA